AUGCGCGAGCUUCACCUUACCGAGUUGUUUCCGGUUUGGACGUUCACCUUCAUUAACAAACUGCAAACUACUUUGUUGUACAUCAUCAUUUCGUUGGUGUUUCACACUCGCUGUCUGAGAUCCUGCGCUUUCUGUUUCUCUUUCCUCAGAAUUCCUCCAAUCUCCGGUGUGAAUCUCACACACAGUGUGAGCUCUGGCUUCAGCUGCCGAUGGAUCAAUCUUAGAUUCAAGCAGCACCAUGCGACAUGUUUAGCACUGCUUAGAGAAAUGGGAGAGGAAAUCAGCGUCAAUGCCUCCAUCCCGGAUAACUGGCAUCACUGGUUCUUUAACCAAAGCUAUUCUCAGCCAGAGAAACAGAUCUGGUUCAUCAUUCAGACUCUGGAUGAGGUCUCUCGUUUAUUGGAAGAUUCAGACUCUGUCUCCUGGAACAAGGACAAGCUGGAAACUUUCUUACAUAUGCUGGAUCUGCAGGCCAACGGACUACGCUCAUGUCUUGAGCACAAAAUGAAAAAGAACAAAAGAUUGCCCUUAUACUUCAAACAACUAAGAGAUUUCACCAAGAACGACAAGCAGGAGAAGAAUGAGGCAUGGGAGUGGAUCAGAAAAGAGCUGCUUCAACUCUUCGGGCUGUUGGACUUUUUCCCUGCUGUCUCUGUGAAUCGUCCUGAAAAUGACAACUAAUAAUCAGUUGAAAUCUUGCAGUGGUGACCAGUAGAUUGUGAGUUCACAUCCCAGAACCACCAUA